AUGAAUAUUGACCGUAGUUGGAUGUGGAGGCGCUUGGAUGAUAAUGGGUUUCUUUUAGAUGAAUUCGUAACAAGGGUUGAUCAGGAUUUCUUGAACUUUGCUUUUAAUAACCCACCAUUUCUGAAUAAUGGACAAAUCAAAUGUCCAUGUUCUAAAUGCGGCAACACAAGAUUUUUGAAUCAGAGUGAUGCGCAUUUACACAUAGUAAAAAAUGGAUUUACUCGGGGUUAUAACAUCUGGUACGCACAUGGUGAAUCAUUGAACACAAGAGAUGAUGUGGGGGGUUCUUCAACCGCUCCUCAUGUAGAAACGUCUCGUUAUAGAACAAUGGUGAUGGAUGCAAUAGGCCAUGAGUUCAGCUCAGACUUCACGUGUGCUGAACAACUGCCUAAUCCAGAAGCACAAAAGUUUUUUAACUUAUUAAAAUAUGCUGACGAACCAUUAUGGGAUGGCUGCAAAAAUCACACAAAACUCUCUGCUGUGGCCCAACUAUUAAGUAUCAAAUCAGAGUACAAUUUACCUGAAGCUUGCUAUGAUCGACUUGUGUCAACAAUCAAAAGCAUGCUGCCUGAAGAUGAAAAGUUGCCAGAUAACUUAGAACGCCUUCAAGAAUGCCCUAUAUGUUAUCAUCCUCGAUAUAAACCAACCAAGGCAGGAUCACGGAAAAAAGUACCUUUCAAGGUGUUGCGUUAUUUGCCUUUGAUACCUAAGCUCAAAAGGCUAUAUGCAUCUAACUACACCUGUGAGCACAUGACAUGGCAUGCAAAUAAUCCUUCCAGCCAGGAAAGUAUGGCACAUCCAUCUCAUGGAGAGGCAUGGAAACAUUUCGAUCGCACUCAUCCGUCAUUUGCCUCAAAUGCACGAAAUGUGCGCCUUGGGUUAUGCACAGAUGGUUUCAGUCCAUUUGGGAAUUCUAGUACUCCUUACAGUUGUUGGCCUGUUAUUAUUGCUGUAUAUAAUCUUCCCCCAUGGAUUGAUUUCCCUGCAAAUGCGAUGGUAUCUGGAUGGAGCACUCAUGGGUUGUUGGCAUGUCCUUAUUGUAUGGAAAGGACAAAAUCUUUCAGACUUCGUUAUGGAAGGAAGGCAUGUUGGUUUGAUUGUCAUCGUCAGUUUUUGCCUCCUGACCAUCCUUAUAGAAGACAAGUCUAUAAGUUUCGGAAGGGAAAAUGUGAAAAUGAUUCUCCACCUAUGCGCUUAACUGGAGAAGACAUGCGACAAAGGGUGGAUGAGCUUCCUGAAACUAUUUUUGGAAAACCACCAGGUGGUACACACCCAAUUGAUGGAUUUGGUAGGACACAUAAUUGGGUUAAAAGGAGCAUAUUCUGGGAGUUACCAUAUUGGCACACAAAUCUUAUCCGACAUAAUCUGGAUGUCAUGCAUAUCGAAAAAAAACAUCUUUGA